AUGCGAUCUGUCAACAUCUUGGCCCAACUCUGCAUGCACUUGGUGCAGCAACAACCAUCGGGGUUCAUCACGUCACUAAUGUGCUCUUCAAGAUCGUAUGCUGGAUCGGAUUCGGCAUCAUACACCUCCUGUGCCACGAAAUCCGUUAACGCAAUGUCAGAAUCAGAUUCUGCAGCAUCAGUAUCUGCGGAGAUAUUCCCAGCAAUGACGCUCGGGUCUGCCUUCGCGAUUAAGUUUGUUGCUGAAGGCACGUCUGAGCUCGGUGGGGCUCGAGUUGGGGCGGCCGCCGUUGUUGGUGUUGCUUUAGCUGGAGAUUCUGGUGCUACUGACGGUAACGACGGCGGUGACGUUGAUAUUACUGUAUUUGUUUGA